AUGCAAAGCAUUUCUCCACGCAACCCGCACGAAUUCGUGAUCCAAAUGACACCACACCAGCCUGAGGUGCUUCUGGCAGGUGGACACGAACUUGCGUCUUGGGAAAAGCGUGUCGAGGUCGGGCGCGUUGUGUCCUACCUGGUAGGUUCCUUCCUCUUCAUGAUAGGUUCCAUCUUCUUUUACCCGAAGUACACAGUAUUGUGGAAUGGCAAUGGCGGUACAUUUGCCAGUUGGUGCUUCGUGCUCGGCUGCAUCCUGUUCUUCGUGGGCGCCAACCUCGACUUCAUCCAGACUAUCCGACACAACCACGGUACGCAGUUGCGUCAGGUCCUCCGUGCGUACAAUGCGUUAUGCAACUACAUGGCCUCGGUCAUCUUCAACCUCGGUGCGCUCUACUUCUUGCCCACCUGGUACGUCAAGUCACCGGAACUCGGCUGCUGGUCGUUUUUCGUCGGUUGCAUUCUCUACUGCAUCGCCUCUAUCGUAGAGAUUCUUUUCAUCUGCACGACGCACGAGGAUCGAUGGGUGACUGGCUUCAAGAUCAGAAAUAUCGUUUGCUGGACCUCUGUCAUGGCGGUUGCUACAUUCAUCGGUUCCUUUCUCUUCAUUCUUGGCAGCUGGUACUACCUACCUCGGUAUAUCAACCGCAUCGACGACGGUACGGACUAUAAGAACAUGGCUACCACGUUCUAUGUUGUUGGAAACAUCUUUUUCAUUAUUAGCGCUUGUGCAAUGAUCCCGAACGUGUAUCGUGCCGUCAAAGUGACCACACGGACACGUGAGAUGGACAGCAAGAUAUAA